GAGAAUUUAUCAUCAUCAACACAGACAACUGGUGUGUAUACUAUUGUUUAAAAGAAAUAUAGUCGAAUUCCACUGACGACUAACUUAGUAUUAAAUAUAAACAAAAUAAAGUGGGCCGAUAUGUCACUGUACAAAGCCAGAAUUAAAGAGUUUGAUGAGUUGUUAAGUGAAAAUGUGAUUGAUAUUCGAAAGUUACGAAGAUUAUGUUUCAAUGGAAUUCCCGAUUGUAAUGGCUAUCGAGCAUUGUGUUGGAAAAUUUUACUGGGAUAUUUGGGAACGAAGAAACAAGACUGGACAAAUUUACUACAGAAAAAGCGACAACUAUACAAACAAUUUAUCAAUGAAAUGGCAAUUCCACCGGGAGCUGAUAAUUCAAUUACAACCGAUCAUCCAUUGAGUGAUGGUCCCGAAUCGGCAUGGAGUACAUUUUUUAAAGACAACGAAUUUCUACUUCAAAUCGAUAAGGAUGUUCGACGCUUGUGUCCAGAUAUUUCAUUUUUCCAACAGGCAACUGAAUUUCCAUGCGAAGAGAUUGUACGAAGCAAUGGUAUACGAAGACUACACACGCGAGUUACACCGUCAACUCUUAGCUCAGCCAAUGUUGAGCGAAAGGGUUUGGGUUUAACAAAGCAAAUAAAUUUGAUAAAAAAAAGUUCGCACGAAAGUUAUGAAGCGAUGGAAGAAGGUAGCGAGGCACACUGGGAAGUUGUUCAACGAAUUUUGUUUUUAUAUGCAAAAUUAAAUCCAGGCUUAGGUUAUGUGCAGGGUAUGAACGAAAUUAUCGGGCCCAUUUACUAUGUACUAGCUUCAGAUCCAAAUAUUGAAAAUCGACAAUUUGCCGAAGCAGACAGUUUCUUCUGUUUUACAGCAUUAAUGGGUGAAAUACGGGAUUUUUUUAUAAAAACAUUGGACGAAUCAGAGAGUGGCAUCAAAAAGAAAAUGGCCCAACUGUCGGCAAUGUUGAAAGAAAAAGAUGCUGAAGUCUGGCAUCGUCUCGAACAACAAAAUCUUUAUCCACAAUAUUACAGUUUCCGGUGGCUCACGUUAAUAUUGUCACAGGAAUUUCCAUUGCCCGAUGUUGUUCGACUGUGGGACUCAAUAUUUUCCGAUGAAAAUCGAUUUGAUUUUUUAGUUCGUGUCUGCUGUGCAAUGAUCAUUCUACUUCGAACGCAACUAUUGGAAAGUGAUUUUGCAACCAAUGUCAAAUUAUUACAACACUUCCCCGAAACAGAUAUCAAUGUGGUACUAUCGAAAGCUGCCGUUCUUUAAAAUUAUACAUACUAGAAUUAUACAACUUUUUUUUCACUUUUGGCCAUAGUGAUUUUGAAUCCGGGCCAACAUUUAUGUAUCGAAAUUCCAUUUACAUUUGCAUAUUUUCUAUAAAUUGUAAAAUAUAAACUUUAAAACGUUGACUUUUUUCAACAACGAUAUUUUCGAUGUGUCGCGUACAUAUGCUCGUAUCGAAAUCAUUUUUAUAUUUAGAAGAAAAAAACAAAUCUCCCAACAAUUGUAAGCAAUAAACAGAAAAAAUAUCAA